AUGUCAGGACGGAGAGAGCAGCCUAAGUCAUCUAAUGUGUUUGAGUAUGGCCUGGCUUAUGAGAGUUUGAAGAAAGCCUGUCUGGAGAGCACAAGGAAGGGUGCCUUCGGCUCUAUUGCACCACGCCGGCUUUUCCUCCCCAGCAAAGAGGAAAUGAGCCGCCCGAGGCCGACUCAGUACAAGGUGAGCAUGGAGAAAACAACUGAAGCGUUAUAUAAGAAACCGUGUACAGCUGCUUUUAAAUCUGCCACUGACAGACUUGUGGGUUCACUGUUCGCCAAAGAUACACCUCCGCCAGGCUCAUAUAACGUGAGCAAAUCGUUUGAGAAGAUACACGGCCUCCAUCACUACAGCAAGCCGCGUAACGAGAAAGCACACAAGCGACAGAGCUGCUUCUUGUCUGCUGGCCCCAGAGACCCCGCCUUCCUCCACUACAACCCUGAAACCCCAGGUCCGGAUCAAUAUAGUCCAGAUGUUAAAUUCAGCCCAAAACUUGCACUGAUUGUCUCAAAAGAAGAUCUCUUCAAAAGCCCUAAAGACAAGACCCCUGGACCCCGGAGCAUAUGA